AUGACUACCACACCUCCAAAGAAGAUGAUCAACGUGAAUGGAAUCAUGAGGCUGAAUCCUGAAUACAACAAAUGGAAAAAGAUGCAAGACGACUCUGGCGGUGGAGGUGGGCAAGUGGCACCUUCAGCUCCGCCUGAGGCAGAAAUGGCAGCGGCAGAUGCCAGUGGCGUUCCAAUGGUAGCUGCUGCCUAUAUCCACGAUAGUGAUCAAAUGCAAUACCCUGCAGCAACCACAGGAGCAGCACCUGGGUACAGUGCACCAUCUCCAGUAGUCGUGGCACAUUCAAAUCAACACGAACCCAUGUCGACGGUGCCUGCCCCCAACAACAACGGAACACAGGGAUAUUCCUCUCCCGUCAAUCACGGCUAUUCCUCAACAGUAGCCCAACAAACUCCAACUCACACUCCAAAUCAGGCUACAGGACAAAGACCCCCACAGUACCUUGGAAAGUUUGGAUCACGCCCAUUCGACAUUACUUGCCCCAACUGCCACCGCCAAGGCCUAACGCGAACGGACGUGGUCAUUAGCACGGGGACCAUUGUUGCCAUUAUCCUUCUCCUCUUUUUCUUUUGGCCGUUGUUUUGGCUUCCAUUGGUCAUGACAGAUUGCAAACAGGUGGAUCAUUAUUGUCCUCAUUGCAGGGUCAAGGUUGGAGAGAAACCAAGCUCGUGCUGUAGUUAG